UUACUGGAAAAUACUGAAAAUAAUGCACUUCAAAUGUAGAACUUUGAUAGGGCUAGGGGAACAAUACGGCAAUUAAAAAUGAUCAUCUAAAUUCUUGAGAAUGAAAGCAAACUAAAUAAUCCAAAUUGUAUUUCUCUUCUUAACCUAAAUGAUACAAACAAACUAAAAGCUAUUUUAUUCCUUCAACGCCAUGAAUAUUUUUAAAAAACAUGGCGUCUUGGAGCUAGGAAUAUUUCUGAAUCCGUUCCAACAUAAUUAACUAUUCUUGAUAAAUCAACUGUUAGAUAGACUAUAUUUUAUACAAUUUAAAACUGCAUCCCUUAAAAUUUCAUAAAUUGUUGAUACUUUUGUACUGAACUGUUUGAUUGCCAAUAAAUGGCUGAACAAGAGUCAUCGAAAAGUUCGAACAGCGAGCCCAGUCAACCAGCUAGUUCAGCAGCUACAAAUUCAUCGAAGCUUGAAAAAAUUACUGAAGGAGGCAAAAAUAAAACAAGUAUAUAUUGUCAAAGAUGUCCAAGUUUGGUUUUAUCUCCUCAUCAAGCAACUCUCGUCCAAAAAGAGUUUUUCCUUCCAAAUAUGUAUCAAAAGAAUGAGUGUGCUCCUAUUGAAGGUGUAACAUUGGUUGAUUUCUGGCAUGUGGCGGACAUGCUGACAUUUGACAAUGUCGGAUUUUCAAAAACAGUGAACAACAUAAAGUACUUAAUGUGUGCGGAUUGUGAAGUUGGGCCUAUAGGAUGGCAUUCUGUACAAGACAAGAAGGCUUACUAUAUAGCAGUAGACAGAGUAAAACAUGGAUGACAAACAAAUGUAUUAGUUCCCCUGCAAUGAGCUCUCUAUUCUUUGUAAAUUAAAAUAAAAUAGGAAUGUUUUUUGUUUUUGUUGUUGUAGAUUUUAAUGUCUUCAUGUGUUUUUCCUAAAUGGAGUUCACUUAAUCUGUAAAUAACUUUGUUAAAUGUUGUUUUGAUACAUCUAUGUGAUACUUUGAUAUGUUUAUUAUCGGAUACUGGGGCAUGGUUAAAAUUUAUCUUCUUAAAAUCAAUCAGUACCAGUUCAGAUUUUAUUUUUCUGUUUAAGUCCGAGGUCUAUAAGUUCUAAGAAAAGUGUAGUUUUGCUUGCUAAGCUUGUAUUUUUAAAAUUCUAAAGCUGGAUAUUUUAAUUAGCUAUAUAACACUUUUUUCUUAAAUGAAUGUUCAGUGUUUAAAUACCCAUUUGAAUAUUAUCUGGUUGCUAGAUAUCUUUUAUGGAGUUCAGAAUCCUUAACAUAGCAAAUAAGAGUUCAUCAGUGCAAAAUCCAACAAUUAGUCUCUUCACUUUUCUGCCAUUGAGCUCACAUAUGCCUUUACACUCUUUACUGAUAAAUUUGUAGACAAAGAAUUAUUAAACGCAAACAGCAAAUACAUUAGCAAAUUUUACAAUCUAAUCUGUGUCAGUAUAAGGAGAGCAAUACAUCAAAUUUUAAAAUAUUAUUACAAUUAUUAAAUUAAUAAACAUAUGAGGGUGAGGCAACAUCUGCACUGAUAAGUUAAAUUGUUCGUUAUACACACUUACCUUUAUAUUCUGAGCAUUCACAAUUUCUGUACUAUUUAAAAAAGCUCCUUUGUGUCGAACCCGACCAAUCAACCUUCAGCAAACCUGAUAUUUUUUAUUAAAUCUUUCCAAAAUCACCACAGUAUAUAUAUAUUUUUUAUAACAAUCAACAUUUUUCCUGCUCUCUAAAUGGCUCAAAUAAAUGUUUGUAUUUCUUAGACAUGAUUAAACAAGCAAUUAAUUUUUAUCUUAACACUACAGUUUUAGUUUCCUGGUCUUGAAUACAAGUUGACAGAAACCAUCUUUGUUCUCCGUUUGUGUCCUGUGUACGCUUGGUUUGAGAGUAUUUGAACUUAAUUGCGAUUGAAUGGUUUACUAAAUACAUUUUUUUUCUAUUGGGACCAGUUAGAUCAAAUAUUUUGUUAAUUAAAUUAUUAGCCUGCUAGGGGCUAUUCGAAUGAGUCCAUUUGAAAAUAAAUUUUUCCUUUCUCUCA